AUGAGAGACAGCAACAGCCUCCGGUUGCGGUUGGUCGUGCGACGCCACGAACUCCCCGAGACGCGGGUCGUCUUCGCCGUGCAGCUCGACAACGACCCCACCAUCGCGAACCUGCUUGAGCAGGUCGACGACAUCAUCCCGCUGGAGAGCAAUGACUGGGGCCUGGAAGACUACGUCGUCCAGCUUCGCGACGAGAUCAAUGGCCGUGGCUUCGACUGCCUGCAUUUUCAACAGGUCUCGGCCAUUUUGAGAGAUAACGAGGAAGUCUUUAUCCGACCCCUUGACACUGGUGACCGGCGAAAACGUCGGUUGAGUGGGAGGGACCAGAUCUCGGCAGACGGCAGGCACCUUAUCGACGGGGUAGCGUUCGGCCGUCCGCGCCUCAAGACCCCAAGAGACCGACCCCCCGUUGAUAUCCCUCCUCUGAAGCGCCGGAGGAUUACCUAUGAAGCCGAAAAUGGAGUUGAAGAGGACGGCGACCAAGAACCGCAAUUCCUUCUUACCCAGCAUGGCGAAGAUGAUAGAGCCGGGCGACGUGUGCGCAUCCACCCGAGUCCCAGCAACGCUCAGAGUGACGGGUCCGAAGGCCAUGAUGAAGAUGAAGACGACGAGUUCGUGGACAAUGACGACGAUGUUGAUCAGGGUUCAGAUGCGAGCGGGCAAGAUUCCGACGUCAAUUACCCCAGCCCGACUGAGAUAGAUAACGAGCUCGAGGGUCUGCGGGAGGAUAACGAGCAUUUUAUUCUAAGACAUGGAGAGUUUACGAAUUUUGAUAGCUCAUCUCAAGCCUCGGAUAGCUCAUAUCAGCUCUCUAUACAACAAGAACCUAGUCGACCGGAAUUAAUUCCCCCAAACAAACUCCCCAGACCACUCUCAACCAAGGGCAAGACGCAGAUACUUCGAGCGGCUUUCCCGACGGUUUCGUUCAAGGCUUGCGGAGCUGCCUUGGUCCGCGGCCGCGGAGACCUCAAACUGGCCUACCGUAGCUUGCAAAGGCGGCACCAACCGGCCCUGUCCGUUGACGCAAUGCUUGGGCAAUCCGAUCGUCAUCCAGCCAAGCCCGCGGCAACGGAGGAUGCCGAAUCCGACAGCGAGGCGGAAUCGGUGGCGUCCGUUGUGAAGCACUUCGACCAACACGGCUUUCCCAGUGGCUCCAUCCUCGCCGGGACCGCCGCCGCCGAGGUGGCCGAGGCCCUGCGCAAGGCCGGUCACGCUGUGAAGCCUCCGGUUCAUACCAGAUUCGAUGAGGAUUCCGCCCCAGUCGACGCCGCGCAAGUGCCGUUGCCCGCGUCGGGGUCAGAGAACAGCGAGAGCGAUAGUGAUAGCGAUAGCGACGGCAGUCCGGAGGUAGCAUCCUCAAAGGUGCCCGAGCCAGAGGGAGGCGCCAAGCUCUCGGGGUCCGAUGGUUCGUCUAUGUCAGAAGACAGUGACAGCCAGAGCGGCAGCAGCGACGAGUCGGAGAGCGAGGGCGAGAGCGACAGUGGCAAUGACAGUGGCAGUGACAAUGAUGAUGACAGCGAUCACGGCAGUGAUGCAGGCAACGUCGGAGGUCACACUGAUGCCAGCGACGACGACAGUGGUGGUGGCGAAGGUGAUAGCAGUGAUGCCGAAUACAGUAGCAGCGAGAACUCUAACAGCAGCGUCGCUGAUAGCUCGGCCAGUGAGAAUGAGAGCGAUGCGGCAGAUUCAUCCAACGAUGACGACUCAUCGGACGACGACUCUUCCGACGAUAGCGCCGAUGAGGCGUCCAGCCAGCCCUCGGCUGAGAAGAAAGCUAUUGCCACGAUCCCUUUGAACCAGGCUGCUCAAGAGCCGGGCCCUGAAGAACCGGAAUCUCAUGCUACGAGCAACUCCACGGCAACCCCAAAGCCAGUUCCGCCGGGGCAAGGGAAGCUCGCUACGCAACGUAGGAACGCUAGGAGAAGAGCUGCACUCAAGGCGCAGAAGGCUGCGGCUAGAGGGGAAGGCUUGCCGGCACCUGACCAGACUGCUUCUCAGGAGAUAGCCAGUGUGGGAGCUCUCGGACGGGAGUCAUUCGCCGAGAAGAAAGCUGCAUUGCUUGAAAUGCUCAAUAUGCCGUCAGAGGCAUCUGCUAAACAGCCGAGCCAGGUGAACAGCAAGCAGGAUUCCCAAGAUGUUCCGGGUCAGAAAGAGGAUGCCGAAGACGAUGGGGCAGCGAAAGAUCCAGAAGCAUGGCGCGACAAGAUCAUUUACCGUGCGGUGGAAUGCUGUCACGACGACAUGGAGCUCAGUGAGCCGCCCUUCCCCUUCGUCCAGGGAUGGGAUCCGCAACAGCAAGAGUUGCGCGGGCGCAGGAACCAGCGCGGCGGGCGCUCGAAACGGAAGCAGCGUGACCAGUCACAGUUCCUUGACGAAGAAGGCCGCUCAGCUGCGAAGAGACAGAAGUACGCAGGCUACGGUACUUAUGGCAAUGAUGACAACUCGUUCUACAGCAACGGCGGCGACGCUGGGGUUGACGAUACGGAACUCAACUAUGACGACGAACCGGAGGAAUCUGCACAGCAAGCAGAGCAGGCGCCAGAAGAUGCGGAUGAGGAAGAUCUGCCACCAAUUCCAACCGAUGUGUCAGCUCUACCCACACUCGAACCCGGCAAGGCCAGGCCCGGCAUGAUCCUGACAUGGAAGCAGUGGCUGCUCUCCAAAGCCACCAACUGGCAACCUCAAGUAUCCUCCCUGACAGGCGUCGUGGUCGAUGUCUUGGAUGAUAACAGCUUAAAGCUUCGUCUUGCUAGGCGAGAUCGGAAACUAGACCGCCCCGAGAAGACCUACGAUGAGGAGGGGAACCGGGUCUAUGACAAGUUCGAGCUCCCUGGUAUGGAAGAUGAAGAAGGCGAGAGCGAGGACGAAGCCGCCGAGCAGGGAUAUCGCACGUUGGAACUCGCGGAUAUGAUUGAGCCUCGCAUCCUUCAACAGCCUCCUUCCUCGGCAGCGGAGGCCCCGGCAGCGGAGGGCGAGUCUCCGGAACCUCAACCAUCUGGUUCUGUGGAGAGGAGUACAGUGCAUGAUGCAACAGCCAAUGCUUCAGACAACAGGAGCCCCUCUGCACCGGAUCAAAUUGAAGCAGAACAGGUAAGCGAAGCAAUCGGUUCUCCAGACGCGGACAUUGAUGUCGCACACGGUGAUCAAAGCAUUGUUUCAGAGACGUCCGGUGCACAAGAACCUGCUGCUAUUUCGAUCUCGGACGACCGUCGGCACGAGAUCAGCGGGCUCAUCAAUGAUGCUGGCUUUCGAAGGGAGGUUGAUCCUUCAGUCACCAGCAAUGUCGGCUUGGACCUGAGCAGUCCGUCGCGACAACUGGAAGAAGAAACCAUCCUGGAAACCGGCGGUUUCUCCGAAGGUUCGCAAGACCAAAGCCAAGCGACUCCGAAGCCGACCUGUCAAGCGACCUCGACUUCUAACAAUGUCGACUCUCAGCCUAUCUAUCUCGAGCCGUUCCGCGGCUUUUCGGAUCCCGUCUCGGAACCUCCCGUAGCCUACCCCAAGCUGGAGCUACCGCCCUCCGAGACAGGCAGCCUUCACAGCGGUCGGCAAGUCGACCUCGACUUCAGCAUCGAACUCGGAGAGGAUACUCUUCACGAUAUUGACGACGCUGCCGGGGAGUCUCGCUCCACCUUGGGUCGGCGUAGUAGUGACGAGCAAUUACCCCCUAGGAAGAUGCCGACGAAGCAUGACAGCAGCUCGGACUCGGAGGCGGAGUCAUCCGUCAGCUCCGUUCCAUCGCUCAGUCAGAACUGGGCAUCGGCCUCAACCAAUAGAUCCCAUUCACCCAGCAAGCGCGAUAUUGAGUCCGCCAUCAAGGCCCGCAAAUCCGAGGUUGCCCCGGAUCCGGAGUACGAGGCGGAGAUGCGGCGUCCAGAAGAUGCCGACGACAUGUUUGAUGAGGAAAACAAGUUCUCACAGCUCGCUCAGGAGCUGGUCGAAAAGCCCAUCGAAAAGCGGACGCCGAAGAAGCAGCCGGCGCAGCAACAACGAAACGAAGGUCCGAAACCCUCGACUACUCCAUCUCGCAUCAAAGCGGAGCGCGCAUCCCCGCCCGCUCGGAUCAAGGCGGAACGCGCAACCUCCUCUUCUUCCAGAAAGUCGCCGUUCGUCGUCCCGGAAGGGUCCCAGGUCGUCUCGCUCCUGAGUAGCAGUCCGGAGCCAGAGCUGGAAGAGCACUAUGCCGAAGACAGCAUCGACGAGACAUGUGCGGAGCCGAGCUCAAGUUUGCCCGACGGCUCGGGCUGGGUGCAGAAGAACAAGAAGAAGGAGAAGAUGAAGAAGGAGGCGCGACCUGGGCGGGGGCUGGGCGGCGGAAGGAGGGUGCCGCCGCCGUCGUCGGCGCCCGCGGCGGUGUCUAGGCGGGCGGUCUCGCGGGAGUCUGCUGCUGCUGCUGCUAAUGGUGGUGGAGGUAAUAAGGAGAGGAGUGGGGAUGGUAUCAAGCGCUCGAUAUCCGGGUCUCCGGCGGUAAGGGAUGCCUUGCUUAAGGCGAGGAGGAAGGUGUUUGGGAAUAUUCUGUGA